CUCAGAAGGAACUCACAAUCAUGUCGAUUCUCUACGUGGCACUAGUGCUGCUUAGCGCCCUUGUGGCCACAACCUGGUCGGCAGCCUUGGACAUGAACGAAGUCCACAAUCUGGAUCAGUUGAUUGGCAGAUCUUCUGUGGCAAAGGCCAGAGAUGUGAAUCUAAUUGAUCCGAAUGCCUUGGGCAAGAACAAAUAUACGCCGCCCGAGGAGAAGGCUGCACAGUUCUGGUACGACUUGGCCAAUGAAGAAAUAGCCAAGCGCUUGGCCUUGCCACAGGUCGACAAAAGGAAGGCCAAGAAUUUGAUAAUGUUCCUGGGCGAUGGCAUGUCUUUGACUACAUUGGCAGCGGCCAGAAUUUUAAAGGGUCAACUCAAGGGCAACACUGGCGAGGAGGAUGCACUGAGUUUUGAGAAGUUCCCCUACACUGGCUUGAGCAGGACCUACUGCUCCAAUGCCCAAGUACCGGAUUCUGCCUGCACUGCGACCGCCUAUUUGUGUGGCGUCAAGACCAAUAUUGUUGCCCUUGGUGUCACCGCCAACGUUAACUUCAACAACUGCAGCGGCAGUGAGGAUCCCGCCAAUCAUGUCAGCUCGAUUGCCGCCUGGGCACAGGCAGCUGGCAAGGCAAGUGGUAUUGUGACCACCACUACAUUAACCCAUGCUAGUCCUUCCGGUGCCUAUGCGCACUCCACAAAUCGCUUCUUUGAGUCGGACACGGACAUUGUUACAUAUGGCGAGAAUCAGAAUGGUCCUUGCACGGACAUUGCUACGCAACUAAUAACGCAGGAGCCUGGCAAGAAUUUUGAUGUUAUGCUUGGCGGCGGCAUGGGCAAAUUUCUGCCCCAAUCCAUUACGGAUAAGUUCGGUAACAAGGGCGAGCGCUCUGAUGGCGUCAAUCUGCUCUCUAAAUGGCAAUCAUUGCAUCCGGAAGGAGCACUAGCCUACAAUCGCAAUCAGCUGCUCAGUGUGGAUGCCAAGCGGAUACCCAGACUGAUAGGUCUUUUCAAUUCUGGUGUCAUGGACUUUCAUAAACUGGCCGAUCCGGCACAGAAGCCCACAUUGGAGGAGAUGACCAAGAAGGCCAUUGAGGUGGUCAGCCAAAAUGAUGAGGGCUACUUCCUGUUCAUCGAGGGCGGGCUAGUGGAUUACGGCAAUCAUUAUAACUUACCCCAAAUGGGACUUGACGAGGUGCACGAGCUAUCCAAGGCUGUCGAGACAGCGCUUGGUAUGACGAAUCCCGAUGAAACUUUGAUUGUGGUCACUUCCGAUCAUGCCCAUCCACUUUCCAUCUCCGGCUAUCCGGGUCGCGGCACCAAUAUUCUGGGACUUAAUCAACACGAUACCGAUAUCAAUGGCGUCAAAUAUGCCACCUUGAACUAUGCGGUUGGCCCAAAUCCGUAUUUGGAUGAGAAUGGAAAGCGCGAGUCUCUGGAAGACAAAAUUGAUGAUCCCUCUUUCGUCUUCCCCAGUUAUAUAACUAGCAAUAUUGGUGUGCAUUCCGGUGAUGAUGUUGGCAUUUUUGCUACUGGGCCACAGAGUCAUCUUUUCAGUGGUGUAAUGCAACAGAGCACGAUUCCCCAUCUGAUGGCCUAUGCCGGUUGCAUUGGCGACGGACCCAAGCUAUGCGACAACUGAGCGUCGAGCUCUAAAAAGCUACGAUAGAUAAAAAAAACAUUAAUUUGAGCUCGUUGCGUAACAUGCUCCAACAAUAAUAAAAGAGAUUAUCUAAAAAAAGUUGCACCCAUUAUGUUUUUCAAAUUUCACGGCUAACUCCUGCUGUAAAUGUUAAUGUUGAUUGAAAUGUAAAUGUUAAUAUCAAUGUUAAUGGUAAAUUGAAUCUGAAUGUUAUGCAACGAUUGCAUGUUAUAUAUUUAAAUUGUUCAAGUUGACAACUUGCUAAAUGAUUUCUCCACUUCAAUUAAUUGAAAAGUGCAUAUUUUACGAAUUUUCAGAAAUCCAUAAUAAAA